AUGACGGAGAUCAGGAGCAUGGUGGUGACAGAGGGAGAUCCCGACGGCUCGCUGACUCGAGCUCUGAUUCCUGCAGGCUUCACCAUCAUCAUCGAACCCUUCGAUGACAGGACCCCCACCAUCGCCAACCCCAUCCUGCAUUUCAGCUGCAUGGAUGCCUCCAUCGCCAUCAAGCCAGUCUUUGAGAGGUUCCAGUCGGUCAUCAUCACCUCGGGGACGCUGUCCCCGCUGGAUAUAUACCCCAAGAUCCUGGAUUUCCAUCCUGUUACCAUGGCCACCUUCACCAUGACGCUGGCCAGGACCUGUCUCUGCCCCAUGAUUGUGGGGCGAGGAAACGACCAGGUGGCCAUUAGCUCCAAGUUCGAGACCCGCGAGGACAUUGCUGUGAUCCGGAACUACGGCAACCUGCUGCUGGAGAUGUCUGCGAUCGUGCCUGAUGGCAUCGUGGCCUUCUUCACCAGCUACCAGUACAUGGAAAACAUUGUGGCCUCGUGGUACGAGCAGGGCAUCCUGGAGAACAUCCAGCGCAACAAGCUCAUCUUCAUCGAGACGCAGGACGGGGCCGAGACCAGCAUGGCGCUGGAAAAGUACCAGGAGGCCUGCGAGAACGGGCGGGGAGCCAUCCUGCUGUCUGUGGCCAGGGGAAAGGUGUCCGAAGGCAUCGACUUUGUGCACCACUACGGGCGAGCUGUGAUCAUGUUCGGCGUACCCUAUGUCUACACCCAGAGCCGCAUCCUCAAGGCACGGCUGGAGUACCUGCGUGAUCAGUUCCACAUUCGGGAGAACGACUUCCUGACGUUCGACGCCAUGCGGCACGCGGCGCAGUGCGUGGGCCGGGUCAUCCGUGGCAAGACAGACUACGGGCUCAUGGUCUUUGCAGACAAGCGUUUUGCCCGGGCAGACAAGCGGGGGAAGCUGCCACGCUGGAUCCAGGAGCACAUCACGGACGCCAACCUCAACCUCACGGUGGACGAGGCCGUGCAGGUGGCCAAGUACUUCCUGCGCCAGAUGGCCCAGCCCUUCCACAAGGAGGACCAGCUGGGCCUGUCCCUGCUCACGCUGGAGCAGCUGCAGUCGGAGGAGAUGCUCCGCAAGGUCGAGCAGAUCGCGCACCAGGUGUGAGCCGGAGCAGCAGCAGACACACGGGCAAAGGGCUGGAGGCUGGCUCCAGCGGCAGACGGGCUGGCCCUGCCACCAGGGCCUUGUUUGAUACUGACUUUUAUACUGAAAAUGACUGUCUGGGACUCAGCAAUAAAGACCAGGACAGA